AUGAGUUCGACUAAAACACUGACUAGCAUCUCUGCUACAUCCUCCAACUCUUCUCGUACUAUGUUGGGUUCGGCUGGGAUAACUAAAUCUUCAGGAUCAGAGAAUGAAGACACUUGCCCAGUUUGUAAAAAUUCUCGAUAUCUAUCGCCAAACAUGGUUUUAUAUGUGAGCGAAUGUUACCAUAAAAUGUGUGAGGGGUGUGUAAAUCGAACAUUUGCUAAUGGGGCACCAGUUUGUCUUGAAUGUGGUAAAGCAGUAAAACGGAUAAAUUUCAAAUUACCUACAUUCGGAGAUUUACUGGUUGAAAAAGAAGUAACUCAGAGAAAAUGGGUUGCUUCACAAAUUUUAAAAAGAAGAGAAGAUUUUGAUACCUUACGAGAAUUUAAUGAUUAUGAAGAAAUUAUCGAAGAUUUUGAAGAGCAACAACUUAAAUUAGCCCAAAAGAAUGAUGCAAUUGAUAUACUGGCUACACUUAAAGGAGAUGCCAAAGCAUUGUUGGCGGAGCAGAAAGCUGCCAAUGAUCGACGGAAAAAUAACUCAUCAUCAUUACAAAUACCGAUCCUUCCAUCGUUGGACAGUGGUGUUGGGGUUUAUAGCAAUGAGCAAGAAGUCUCGGAUGAUUUUCCAAUGGAACUCGACCCUACAAGUUCACCUUAUGAAGAUGUUCGCUUAUAUACACAUAAAGAGAAAUACAAUGACAUUUAUACGGAGAUCAAUGAUAAACUUAAAGCUGGUGGUUUUUCAAUAAAAUUUGUACACGAGCGUGCACUUCAAGAAGCUUUUUCUGGCUUAUUUUUGCCUCCUUUAAUAGCGAAAGAUGAGGAUGCAAAAACAGGAAGAGAAUCCAAAGAUUCGCAGAUGAAUUUUUUUCAUACUAUUCAAGCCGCGGAAUCUCUAGAGUCCGCUCAUCCUAAAGUUUCAUCAACCCUUGAUUUAUUACGAAAAACGCCAACUAAAGAAGAGGUGCUCGAACAACAAAAGCGUGUUUUUGAAAAAUUUGCCUCGAUUGAUAAAGAUGGUCAAAAAUAUAUGACGCAAGAUGAUUUCAUUGCGGCUAUUGCACCCGAUGAGGAUUACAAAAAGAUACAGAAAGAACAAUUCGCGAUCCUAUUUCGGGUUGCUGACUCUGAUCGGAAAGGUCUGGUAUCAUUCCAAGACUUUGUCGUUUUUGAAAAUUUAUUAUCGAAACCAGACGCGGAUUACGAGAUUGCGUUUCGGCUUUUUGACAUUAAUGGUACUGGGAAGAUUAGUUUUGAUCAUUUCAAAGAGGUCUUAAGUGCGAAUCUGGGACCAGAUAGCGUCCCGUUCGAUUAUAAUUGUGACUGGUUGAACUUGUAUGUGGGUGUGGAUGGGAAAAAGCACGAUCUCACAUAUAAUGAGUUUUCCCAAUUGUUAAAAGGGAUUCAGGGGGAGCGUCUUCGGCAAGAAUUCAAGUAUUAUGACAAAGAUCGAAUCGGAUUUAUAAGCCCGGAUGCCUUUAAGAAGAUUAUUUUAUCGAUUGCGAGGCAUAAGCUUUCCGAUUUUUUACUAGAACAGCUACCCACCUUGUGUAACGUAUCAGCGGGUAAUAAAAUAAGUUAUGCUAACGUAGUUGCCUUUUAUAAUGUGGUCAAACAAAUGGAUAUGGUGGAACGUAUUGCGCUUAAAGCUAUUUCCCAAAGUAGCGAUGGUCGAAUCACAAAGAAUGAUUUCUUAAAUACUGCGGCGAAGUCGACGCGUUUCUCGUUAUUUACUCCAUUAGAGGUUGAUAUAAUCUUUCAUUUUGCCGGUCUCGGCAAUCCAUCCGGCAGACUAGGUUUAAGGGAUUUCGCACAAUUACUGGAUGCGAAAUGGCAACGACCAGCUCAAGUUAAAAAAAUCGUUGCAGUACCAACAAAAGAACACGAGGGAAUAUGGUGGGGAAUCUUGCAUCAAAUUUAUUCUUUUACAUUAGGUGCAAUCGCUGGUUCUUUUGGUGCUACCGCUGUUUAUCCCAUUGAUCUUGUAAAGACACGAAUGCAAAAUCAACGAUCAAAGGUGGUCGGAGAAUUACUCUAUCGAAAUAGUAUUGAUUGCUUUAAGAAAGUCGUAAAAAAUGAAGGUGUAUUGGGUCUUUAUAGUGGAUUAGGACCGCAGCUAGUCGGUGUGGCACCGGAAAAAGCUAUUAAGUUGACGGUAAAUGAUUUUGUUCGAGGUUUGAGAAAAGAUCCUAAAACAGGUGAGAUUACAUUGGCAAGUGAAAUCUUUGCUGGGGCUGCUGCUGGAGGUUGUCAAGUGAUUUUUACAAAUCCAUUAGAAAUUGUGAAAAUUCGAUUGCAAGUUCAAGGAGAAUAUUUGAAAAUGAACGUAGAUGCACCGCGAAGAUCAGCCAUCUGGAUAGUAAAGCAUCUUGGUAUCGUCGGAUUAUAUAAAGGCGCGUCCGCCUGUCUUCUUCGUGAUAUUCCAUUCUCUGGCAUUUAUUUUCCAGCAUACGCUCAUUUGAAGAAAGAUGUUUUCAAAGAAAGACCAGACAAAAAACUUAGCAUCACCGAGCUUUUAUUGGCAGGCGCAAUCGCUGGCAUGCCAGCUGCUUAUUUCACAACGCCGGCCGAUGUAAUAAAAACACGUCUUCAAGUUGAAGCGCGUACAGGAGAAACUGUAUAUAAUGGUAUCCUAGAUGCGGCGCGAAAAAUUUAUCAUGAAGAAGGUCUAAAAGCCUUUUUCAAAGGUGGACCAGCACGUGUUCUUCGAUCCUCCCCACAAUUUGGUGCUACUCUAAUGGCUUACGAGGUAUUGCAACGAUGGCUGCCUUGGGGCUCUACAGAAGAACAAGUUGGUAAAGCGGUUGGAAGUGUUGUAGAAACUGGUGAUUUGGGAUAUCUGAGAAGUCGGAAUGCACUAAAGAUUCUUUUGGAUCUUGAUUACAAAUUCGGUGUAUCUCCAAAGUCACUACCCACGCCCGCGCAACAACCAGCAUAA